AGUCUUGGUGUCACCAAAAAAAAAAAAAAAAAAUAAAAAAUAAAAAAUAAAAAAUGAGGGCCUUUGUAAGGUUGUUGUUAUUGUUGAAAGCGAGGUUUCUUGGCCUAUGUUUUGCCUCCAAAGGAGUUGAAUUUGUUUUCCUUUCCUUUUCCUUUCCAUUUUUUUGUUUUCCUUCCAUCCUUUGUUUAACUAAUGGCUAAUAAAAAUCGUUAUGAAAAACAUUGAAUUAAUUUUUUUUUUCUUCUUUUCUAAAUUUGCAUGCGACUUUGAACUGGAUUUGUCACGGCCGGCAAUGAUAAGUGGGCAACAUGUCGGGCUGACUGAGACUAUCCCAGCUCCAAUUUAGAUCGACAUGGUACACGUGAAAUCGGACCCUUUGUUAGGUUUUGGCUAUCCCACUCAUCCUUUGUCUUUUAUUAGCCUUUGUGGGUUCUACUCAUAGUUAAGCAUGUUGGGGAUAUUUAUUAUUAUUUUUACUAUUGCCCCUAGUCAAUAAAAGAAAAAUAAAAAAUAAUAAGAAGAAGAACAGUAAAUCGAUAAAAUGUAAUAAUGGGUCUUAUUGAUUUUUCAAUGUUAAAAAAUGAGCAAUAAUAAUCGAAUGAGCUGUCUAGUAUAUGAUUUGUCUAGUAUAUAUUUAGAUUGUUUAAUUAUUGAUUGUUAUUAUCAUCAUUAAGAGCUUAGGCAGUUGGUUUGGCACAAGGGUUUCAGUUGUUCAACUUAUUUAUGGUUGGACUUGGUUUGGAGGCUGUGUUAUUGUACUUAUAAAUAGUCUAUUAAUGGAAUACCUAACAGUUGAUCAUCCACGAAGUUCUUUUUAUCAAUUUUGCCCUUAAUAUGGGUGAUUUCAUGAUAAUUGAAAUCGUAUAUAUUCAUCUACAUAUAAGCUAAUUAACUAUUAUCAUAUUAUUGUUGCGGUAGCUGUCUGGCUUAUAACUUAUAUAUUUACUUGGCUUGAACUACUUGUAGCUUUGUGGAUUUAUUUAUGUAUGUUAAUUAUUAGAUGUUUUAUUGUAAUUAGUUUUUAGAUGAUAAUUGAAAGGUUAUAUACAACGAUUUAUGAUAAAAGUUAAAACCAUUUUGAGAUAAAACCAAAUAAUUAUGAACAAAAAGAGGAAAAGACUAGCAUGAGAAUAUUAGCAGAUACAAAUAUAUUCCAUGAUUGGGAGUUAAUUAAACUUAAAAAUCUAACAUAAAAAUCUGUCUGAGUGAAGAAGUUCCUCUGUUUUAAGGUAGGUCAGCAUUCCAUCAGGUUCACAGUAGUUCCUAUGCCUAUUUGCUUAGCUGCUCAGAUUUCUCUGUUAUUCAACAAGGUGCCUACAAUACAAUCAAGCAUGAAGUAGAAGAGUACAAGGCCAAACACUCUUUUAUUUUAUUUUAUUUUUAUAACUUUUUCACAACAGAAAUUGAGUAUUUUUGUUCAUGUAUCUUUCCCAAAUCAGCAUCAAAAGCAGUAAUAUACAGAUCAAGAAUACAUAUAAUUUGGUUGUCUUUAACUUUUCGGUGAGCAAGUAAAUUAGAAAGAGAAGAUAAAGCUGCAUGUAUAUAUGUGAGACAGGAUGAUGUUCAAUGGGGCAGAGUUGAUGAAAAGUCUUUAUCAAGAAAUGUUUGGCAAGGAGACAAGCUAAUAGGUCUGCUUUGUCAUAUAACUUGGACAGUGGGGUCUCUCACCUUCGACCCAAACCUGCAGGGGCCAACCUUCGUGAACCACCACAUACUGUUUUUUCGCAUAUCUUCAAAAACUCUUUUACCUCUCUAUUUAAAGCCUUAGACUAUUCAUUCCCACCUUCAAAUCACCAGCAAAUCUUCAGCAACUAAAACCCAAAGUCAAAAAUUCUUAUUCCUCACCUGAGAGAGGUUUUUGUAUACAAAUAUUCUUCCAUUUCUGCACACAGACAUGGCAGCUGCCAAUGCAUUCUCUACAAGAAAUACUUCGAAGCUUCGUUCAUGGCCGCGGUGCUCAAAGCACGUAAGAGAGCAACGAGCACGGCUUUAUAUCAUAUGGAGAUGUACUGUCCUACUCCUUUGCUGGCAUGAAUGAGGCCAAGAUAUAUAUAUAUAUAUAUAUAUAUAUAUAUAAAUGGUUCUCUGGUGGAGCUUUUGGUGAUGGACAUCGUGGAUUUCUUUCUGGGGGAUGAAGUUGAAGUUUAAAGCUCUUCUAACCAAGCAAUACUGGGUAUCCUUGGGACUUGUGUUUUAGGGAUUGAAGUGGCAUAAUAGUGACUCUAGUUUGGUUUUAGAUGAUAGAGUACCAAAAAAAAAAAAAAAAAAGGACUCAAGAAUAUGUACACUUUACCAUAUUAAGAAAUCUGAUGAUAUUACACUUCUGUCUU